CGCUCGCUCUUUCGUACGUUUUCUCUCCUCGUUUCGGUCUCGUGUUGCAGCGUGGUGUGGCGCUGCGACACAAACCACUGGCCUAGCUGGCUGGCUGAACCCGUCCGGCGUGUGUGUGGAGCUGUGUCGUCCGGCUAACCGUACAGAUCGUUUCAGUCUUUUGCCGAUCGUCACCGAUAGAGGAUCAGCGCCGAUCAGUGGCCCUUGCGGAUGAAGGUGCAAUAGCUAAAAACAAAUCUUCCUCCCUAAUAUCCCAACAGUGUUACCAAGUGCUAGUGACUAAAUCGGUUUGAUUCGUAGUGACUUCCUCGAAAGCAAAAAAAGUUAGCUAAAGUGAGCAGCGUAACAAGCAGAAAACCCCCAUUUUUACCGUACCGAACGAUGACGGUUUCCAUCUACGACGAUGAGCUGCUGGCUCAGCCCGGUGAUCGAUCGGAUCAAUCGGCACCGAUGACGACCGGCAAGAUUGAGGAGCAGCUCACCGAAAUACAGCAGUUCUACGACAAAUGUAACGUUUUCAUUACGGGCGGAACCGGAUUUCUGGGCAAAACACUGAUCUACAAACUGCUGACCAGCUGUCCGGGUAUUGAAAACAUCUUUCUGCUGGUGCGAAGCAAACGCGGCAAAGACAUUUUCUCCCGCGUGGAAGAAAUCUUCGACGAUGCUAUGUUUGACAAAAUGAAGCAAGCCUGUCCGAAGUAUGAUCACAAAAUUCGUGCCGUCGCGGGCGACUGCAUGCAGCCGGGUCUGGGCAUCAGUUCGUCCGAUCGCGAAGUGUUGGCGGAAAACGUCAACAUUGUGUUUCAUCUAGCCGCAACAGUGCGAUUCGAUGAGAAGAUGAAGACGGCCAUGCAGAUCAACGUGAAGGCGUGCCGGGAUGUGCUGGACCUGUGCCACGACAUGAAGCACCUGAAGUCGGUCAUCUACGUAUCGACCGCGUACACACAGUGUCCCCAGAAUGUCGUCGACGAGCGGUUCUACGAUCCACCGAUGGAGUCGGAAAAGAUGAUCCAUCUGGCCGACUGUGUGACGGACGGUAUGAUCGAAAAGAUUACCCCAGUACUGCUCGACAAAUGGCCCAACACGUACACAUUUACGAAGGCAAUCGCUGAGGAUGUGGUGCGCAAAAAUAGUCGCGGAAUGCCUGUCGGCAUGUUUCGACCAGGAAUUGUUAUUGCAACGUACCAAGAACCAGUCCCGGGAUGGAUCGAUAACUUCUACGGACCCACCGGUGUAAUUGCCGGCGCUGGAACUGGCGUGCUGCGGACACUACGGGCCGACCCAACAAAGGUGGCCAACAUGGUUCCAGUCGAUCUGUGCGUCAACGGUAUCAUCUCUUCCGCCUGGGACAUUGCCGAACGCUUCAGAACCGAGAUUUUGCCCGAUCCGGAAAUCCCGAUCUACAACUUUUGUACCGAACCGAACAAUUGCAUCACGUGGGGCGACUUCACGCAUACCACCAUCAAGUUCGGCUCGAUGUAUCCCACCAUGAAGGCAAUCUGGUACCUGUGCUAUGCCAGCAAUCCCAACAUUGUGCUGCACUAUCUGUCCAUCAUCUUUCUGCACUAUGCGCCCGCCGUCGUCUGUGACAUCAUUGCGGUGCUGAUUGGCAGAAAACCGAGACUUCUUCGAAGCUACAAGAAGAUUCACCGCUUUAUGGACGUGAUUGAGUACUUCUCGAUGCGCGAAUGGGAAUUUAAGAUGGACAAUAUGAACGCACUGUGGCGCAAGCUGUCGAGUGCGGACCAGAAGCUGUUCUUUUUCGACAUGCGCCAAAUCAACUGGGACUACUUCCUGGAGCAGUACUUCUGUGGCAUCCGUCGGUAUCUGCUGAACGAUCCAAUGGAAACCGUCCCGCAGGCUGUGGUCCGCUGGAAUCGCCUCUACUGGGUACAUCAGGCUACAAAAGUGAUCGUGCUGCUGCUACUGUACAAGCUCGUCAUGUCCGUUUGGGGUAUGCUAAGCUAAGCGCCACAACCACCAUUCUGGCUUUAUUACUUUACCUGCAUAGAAUGUAAGGUAUCCACGGGAAGGAAGAAAUGGCAGAGUCUAUUUAUGCUGCAAUUAUGUAGCCGCAGCAUACAUCGAAAGGGACACACGAUCGAAUCGUAUACUCUCGGUUUCGAUUUCCGUUGCGCAUGCAGCAGCAUUGUUGUUUUUGGAUUAAAUCUAAUUGUACACAGUUAGAGUAUUGGUAUUGCUUUUGAACGUAUGACUCGAAAACGGUAGCACGGCAAAAAGGGUCAUACGUACGGAUUGCAGGCAAUACGGUAGUAAGUAAGCUUAAGUAAACCGUAGGGUGUUUAGUAGUUAGGUAGCACGUGACUAGAGAACUUGCUCGUCUUGCGCUGGACGGGCAAAAACCAUCCAUUCCAAAUAAAUCAUCAAAAAUAAUGUACAGCACGUGGUCGUGCUUGAAUUUGUUUUUCCACCAAGAGUCGCUACAGGUAAUGUUGCUUCGGUAUUCAACGUUAUCAUUUACCAUACAAAAGGGGAUAAAACAAUAAUUAUACAAAUAUCUACUCACACACACACACACACAUGCCAGAUUACACAUUUUACUAAGGGAUUACAGCUGAUUAGCAGCUGUUCGGAAGGGGUUUUUUAAAAACCAUUAUAAUAUAAUCCUGAGUAAAUCCGCCUAUGAACGUUACAACUUCACCGAGGUAAAGACAAUGGCAAAGUUAAUGUGUAAGCAAUUAUGUAUAAUUGUGGAAUGUAGGCGACAUUUUGAAUAAUCAAAUAAAGUGCGUGAAAAUAUCGAAA